AGACAUGUGUCGGGCUGUGGUAGCAGUGCAUGCAGUCAGGGCGAUGUAGGAAGCCCCACAUCCCUCAUUUCGUCCAGCCUUGCCCUGCUCCCAGGAGGGGUAAUUGUGGGGUGUGCAGGGAAUCACCCGGGGCUUGUAAUGUCCUGCGUUCUUUUGCCCAAAGGCACCCUGGAUUUAGAGCUAAUUCUCGGGUCCCCGAAGACUGGAAGGAAGAGCCAUGCAAAAGGAUUAGACACCCGUUUUGCUCUCCAGCCUGCCCUUCCUGCAUCUCAAUCCCAUAUUCUUUCCUUCUUUUGACCUUAAGAACUUUGCAGCUGCUGAAGAGAUCAUGUGUUGUCUGCUCAUUACCUGUGACGCUCCUGCCCGACAGGUGUGAGGGAGCAGAGAGCUGGGCAUGGGCGAGAUGGCCCUGGUACCCUAUGAAGAGGCAGCGGCCGGGAUGGGCUUGCAGAAACUCCACAAGCCUCUUGCCACCUUCUCCUUCGCAAACAGCACUAUCCAGAUCCGGCAGGACUGGAGGCAGCUGGGAGUUGCUGCUGUGGUUUGGGAUGCUGCCGUGGUUCUUUCUACCUACCUGGAGCUGGGAGCCGUGGAGCUCAGGGGCUGUUCUGCCGUGGAGCUGGGUGCCGGCACAGGGCUGGUGGGCAUCGUGGCUUCCCUGUUGGGUGCCCACGUGACGAUCACAGAUCGGAAAGCAGCACUGGAAUUCCUGAAAUCUAAUGUCCAAGCCAACUUACCGCCCCAGAUCCAACCCCGAGCUGUUGUGAAGGAGCUGACGUGGGGACAAAAUUUGGAGAGUUUCCCCCCUGGAGAGUUCGACCUGAUCCUUGGAGCUGAUAUCAUAUAUUUAGAAGAAACGUUUGCGGACCUUCUUCAAACACUGGGCCAUCUCUGUGGUGACCAUUCCCUGAUUCUGCUCGCUUGCCGAAUCCGUUACGAGCGGGAUAACAACUUCUUAGCGAUGCUGGGGAGAGAAUUUAACGUGAGCAAGGUGCACUAUGACCCCGUAAAAGAUGUACAUAUUUACAAGGCCCAGAGGAGACACAAGAGGGAGGACUUGUAGUUGACUGUGCUCUCCAAGGUGCUUGCCGGUGAGGGUGCCAAGGAAGGUCUGAGACUGGAAAUUGGAAGUGGCUUGCUCUAUGAACAUUUGAAUCAAAAGUUCUCAAGGGACAAGGCAUCCCCACACCUUUGCAACAAACGGACCUCUGUCCCAUGGCUGUGAGUCCAUUUGUCUCCCUUGGAAAGUCCGUGAGCAUUAAAGGGAAGGGUGAGGUGUGGGCUAUGCUGGUUCCAUGUUCUAGGCUGCUCCCUCUUGUUAAGUGGCUUCCACCGCUGCCGGGAGAAGGAGCUGCCAUUACGGGGUCUUCAGACCAGUGGGGUUCCUCUGCGGCUAGCUCAUGUAAAUUAAGGCGGUCUGUAAUGUUGAACCUGGUCUUCUCAUUUUCAAAUAUAAAAAGAGAGGCCUAAUAUGCAUCUCUUGGGCUGUUUUCAUAUAACUGAAAUGGCUGCCUUAUGGAGGCCUUACAUACCUUUAUUUGUUUAAAACUAGGAUGUGAUUUCUCCAGUCUCAAUGUUUCAUGGCUUAAUUUCAGAUUGAAUUGUGUAAAGAAAAGAAUCAAUGAAAAAUAAAUGCGUUUACUUUUUGAAAGGCACCUCAAAAUUGGCAGCCUGUCUGUUAGAAGUUAUGUGCUAGGCUGCUAACGGCAAAGCCAGCAGUUUAAAGCCACCAGCUACUCCCCAGGAGGAGGAUGAGCAUUCUACUAUAAAGAGUUACUAUCUUGGACACUCACAGGGGGUUCUACCCUGUUCUGUAGGGUCGCUGUGGGUCGGAAUCGACCCGUGGCAGCGUGUUUUGAGAGGCGCUAGUAGACUAUCUUCUUCAAAUUAAAAGCUGUGGUUUCAACUUC